GUACGGGGCUUCUCCAAACGUGUAAAACUUAAAAUAAAUAAAUUUGGUACGCCGCAAAUGGCAGAGUUUCGUCGCCGAAACCGAAACAAAAAGAAGGAUGACCAAUCCUCCGCUGUACUGACACCCGUCAUUAUAGCCCGCCGCGAGGAUCCCAGAAUUCUGCAGCCAAAGAUUCUCCUGAACAAAGAUCGGGACAGGGACAAGGAACGGGAGCGUGACCGGACUACGGAGCGGGAGCGGAACAGGGAGAAGGAUAAGGCAGAGGCAGAGCCGAGUCCCAACAGCACCCAGGAAACGCCUGCGACCAUUAAAACCCUGUACAUCAAUCGCACAAGCGAUGCCGUGCAGGCAGAUAAAUGUAACCUAGGCCUGAAUGGCCCAGGAGCCAGCGGAUCACCUGCCAAGGGUGGCCAUCUAGCGUCAGUCCCGUUGUCCACAUCCGUUUGCUCAGCUCUCGUCAGUACUCCACCAACUAGCCGCGAGAAAAACAACAGCAAUCCGGCUGGUGGAGCUAAUGCUGCCGGGGCCGCGGCAGGAGCCGCUCUCCAAGAGCCGCCACGCAUGAACCGUGCCACCCCUCUAAUCCUAGCCAAUGGCAUUUUCAAUGUCAACGCCCGCCGACUGUUUCACAAAACCAACACGGAUUUCACCGUCAUCGGUGUGCUAGGCGGUCAGUGCUCUGGUAAGAGCACUCUGCUCAAUCUGCUGGCCGCUGAGCGAUCGCUGGACUACGACUACUACCACCAUCUGCUCUCCCCGGAAGCAGAUUCCUGCAUCUUUCCCACUCGACACAAGAUCAAGGCGAAGGAAGCCCCCAAGAGUGUCUUGCGACCGCGCACGGAAACGUUUCAGUUCUUUAUCACAAGGGAGCGCCACAUAUUGCUUGACACGCCUCCACUCCUGACUGUAUCCAAGGAACCGGAUUAUCUGGAUCUGAAUUCCGUUGCCAUAAUGGCACAGCUCUUGAGUGUGUGCCAUAUUCUUAUCUUGGCCUUUGAUGGGUUGGCGGUGGAGCAAUUGAGACUAAUAAACGCUGCGCUUAGAUUGCGACCAAGAUUUCCCUGUAAAGGCUACGUGCCGGAUCAUCUGCCGCAGGUCCUGUUCGUCCGCACCCGUGCCCAGCGGCAAGACUUUGAGCCGCUGCACCGAGAACGACUAGACAAGAAACUGACACAUCUUUAUGGAGCCACUGGACUGCCAAUUUAUCGCGGUCGUGGUGAAGCCCGUACCCUGAACACUUUCCUGCUUCCGGAGGUAAGCGGUAAUGGAGCUACCGCUUACCAUGCACCCUUCGGUGAGAUGGUGCGUCAGUUUAGGGAGCGAGUUCUGGGAUCUACACGUGUUUCCAUGUGCCACACCAGCACUGAGCUCAGCGAGGCCAUCUGGUUUGAAAUUCUGGCGGAAAGUACGCGUAAAUCAGCGCCGAAUUUUGAAAAGAUCUAUGCGGACAUCAAGCUGCGUCACCUGGAUACGCGCCAGUGGCGUCCGGAUAACUGGCGUCCAACAGAGAGCUGAUCUGGGGAUUGAAGUUAAAUUAGUAGAACACUUAAGCUUGCUAUGUGUGAUGGGGUUGGGUUUCUAUAUUAUAAAAAGCACCCCCGCAGGGGGAGCGGAUUUUGAGCAUAGACGGUUGAUGACAUUAUAAUUUUAAAACGUAUGCUGGACUACCCAUUUUAUUUGAUUUAUUAUAAUAAUAAUACCAUAAAAACGGAGUGGAAUUCUGAAGUUGUUUGUUAAAGUAAAGACUAAAGACGUGUCAACACUUCUCAAGUAGUCUGUACAAAAUUCUUCCUAAAGUCGUUAAUGUUCGAUGUUGAAAUGAUAACAGCACGCGUUGAACAAAUAAAAAGUAUUUAUUUAAGGUUAA